CCUCCUCCUCACCCCCAUUACUACUACUACUACUACUGUUGUUGUUGUUGUUGUUGUUGUUCCCCCCCCCCUUAGCCCAGGACCCCCCUCAGGAUGGAGGAUGCUGCGUCCACUGUGGUCAAGGAGGGCCAGAAGCCCCGACGCUGCCGCCUGCUGCCCCCCAACUUCUGGGGAGAAGCCAAGAAGAUCCUGGUCCUGGCCGCCCCGCUGACGCUGAUCCAGCUGCUGGUCUUCAUGGUCCACGUGGUCAGCACCAUCUUCUGCGGCCACUUGGGGAAAGUGGAGCUGGCCUCCGUCACCCUGGCCAUCGCUGUGAUCAACGUGACGGGGGUCUCGGUGGGCUUCGGCUUGUCCUCCGCUUGCGACACCCUCAUCUCCCAGACCUACGGCGGGAAGAACAUGAAGCGUGUGGGCAUCAUCCUCCAGCGCGGGGUCCUGAUCCUGCUCCUGGUCUGCUUCCCGUGCUGGGCCGUCUUCCUCAACACCGAGCAGAUCCUCCUCCUCAUCCGGCAGGACCCACAGGUCUCGCGGCUGACCCAGGUCUAUGUCAUGAUCUUCAUCCCAGCCCUUCCCGCUUCCUUCCUUUUUCAGAUCCAGACGCGAUAUUUGCAGAACCAGAGGAUCAUUUGGCCGGAAGUCCUUUGUGGAAUCGCCGGGAACGUCAUCAACUUACUUGCAAACUAUAUCUUCCUUUACCAGCUUGAGAUGGGAGUCAGGGGCUCUGCUUGGGCCAACACCAUUGCUCAGUAUUCCCAGGCUGGCUCCCUUUUCCUAUACAUUCGAUGGAAGAAGCUCCAUGUGGAAACCUGGGGAGGGUGGUCCUACGAAUGCCUCAAGGAGUGGGACGUCUUCAUGUCGCUGGCCGUGCCCAGCAUGCUGAUGACCUGCAUUGAGUGGUGGACCUUCGAAAUCGGAAGCUUCCUGAUUGGUCUCUUGAGUGUCCUCCAAUUGUCGGCACAAUCCAUCAUUUACGAAGUGGCCACUGUGGCUUAUAUGAUUCCUUUUGGCAUCAGUUCAGCCGUCAGCGUCCAAGUGGGAAACGCCUUAGGAGCGGGAAAUAUAGAAGAGGCCCGGAAAUCCUCCGUGGUCGCCAUUAUAUGCGCAGCGUUCUUUGUCUUCCUGAUGUGCAUCAUCAUGACGGCCACCAAGGACGUCCUGGCGUACAUCUUUACGAGCGACGCAGAGGUGAUUGAGCUGGUGGCCUGGGUGAUGCCCGUCUAUAUCACCUUCCACCUCUUCGAGGCCCUCUCCGCCACAACCAGCGGUAUUCUGAGGGGGACUGGGAAACAAAAACUCGGCGCCAUCUUCAACGCCGUUGGCUACUAUGCCAUUGGCUUGCCAGUGGGCGUCGUGUUGAUUUUUGUGGCCAAAAUCGGACUGAUAGGGCUUUGGGUCGGGAUGCUGGUUUGCGCCCUGAUUCCCGCCACAUUCUCCAUCGCCUACAUUGCCAAGAUGAACUGGAAGCAGGUGGCCGAGGAGGCCCAGCACCGCGCAGGAUUGACUCAGAAGCCGGCGGCGGUGACGACGGAGGACUCGAAUUCGGCUCCUGGCCCAACAAAAAUGGCACCCUCCAUUGUUUGCACAGACGGCAGCCAUCUAUCUGAAUACUCCUUUUGUUUGUGCUGUAUAGGGCCUGCGGACGCCCCGAACGGAGUGGUGCUGCUGCGCUUCAGCCCGGCGGAAGGGCCGACCUUCCAGGCGGAGGGGACGAUGGGCGUUGGAGUCGUGGACCAAGGGCUGAGCAAAAAAGAGCUGCUGGUGCGGCGAGGGCUGGCUGUCGGGGCCGCCUUGGCCAUCCUGGCCUUGGGAGUUAUAGUCCGCUUCCUCACCAUUUAGUUCCAUAGGGAUCC